ACCCCGUUGCCGUUGCUCCACUUAUGUUUUUGACGUCCCUGCUGCUCUUGGCGCUGCUGGCAAUCUGCAGCUGUUCUUUGCCUUUCCGUGCCUCGUGGCGUUGCCCAAAGCAAAGGGAUUCUUCAGCGUCCUCCGCGAUGUGGCCUCUGUUGCGUUCGCUUCUGUUCGUUGUGGCUUUUGCUGCCACUGCGUUGGCGGCGGAACCCGGCAGGUCUAGCGAACCCCAAGAACCCGACGGCCCGCCUGUCGGUUUGGGAGCCGACGCCGGGGGCCCUGGCGGAUCCGAGGCGCGUGGCGAAAAGGAAGGCGCCCUCAACAGUGCGGAGGGAAAACUCAACGCAUUGGGCCCCGACGAGGAUGUAGCCACUUUUGACGCAGCGACCUUUGCCGAGAAGGAAGGCGACCCCAAUGCCAGGGAUGAUCACAUCAAACUGGUCCUCGAUGGAGGUAGAGGUGGCUUUCAGCUGACUGCAAAGUUUGACGCCCACGCCCACGCUAGGUGCGACGCAGGAAGAAGAGGAGGACACAAUGCGCCUUUGGCGAUUUCUUUUUCCUCGGGAUGGAGUAAACUUCUGAAUGGGCGCGCCUGUGUAUUCUUUGCUUUUUUGUCUGUAGCUGUUUUGUUAAGUUUUAUGUGCUUCUUAUGCAAAUGGCACUUUGUCAAAGACACGCAAUUGCUUCUGAACGCCAGGCGAUUUUUGCGCGUUUUUUGGCGCAUGAGGCACGGCACGCGCCCGAGAAGUCCAGAAGACCCGGAAGCGGGGCGAGUUGCCGUCGCUGUCGAGGUUAUGAGCGCUGACGGCGAUGCCGUCAAGCCCAGAAAAUCCAAGCGUUAG